AUGCCACAAGCAGCACAGCAUCAGCAUACGCCACAGCCACAGUCACAACAGCAGCCAGCGCCGCCACCGCAGUCAUCGUCGUCUUCACACCAUCAUCAUCAUAAGUUUCGCAAGAACAACAAUGCGGCUGCAGCGGCUGCGUCUAAUAGCAUUUUUAACCAGCGUUCAAUACUGCAUGCGACUUCGAGUCUAUCGGCUGCUUUAAGCAUAACGGGACAUAAGCGCAAGCAAGCAUCAACCACAACAGCAGCAACAGCGACGGCAACAACAACAGCAGUAGCAGCAGCAACAUUUGCUGCUUCUAACAGCAAUAAAAAUGGCAACAGUGGCAGCAACGUUGGCGGUGGCGGCAACAAUGCGAAUUUAUGCUAUUACAUUGAUGACGAUGAUGACAACAACCAACAGAAUCAACAACAGCAACAACCACCUACACAAAAAACACAGAAACAGCAACUUCAGCAACAACAACAGCAACCGCAUGUCGUUGCCAGAGCUAAUAUGCCAUCUGCAACAACAUCGGCAGCAACAGCAGCCGCAACAGCGGCGCCGACAAUUUCUUUGUAAAAAGCUUUUACAUCUACCAUUAAGGCGUAGUUUUCAUAGUUAACCUACACAUUGAUUUCCUUUGGCAUUGAUGCCCCUACUGAAUGGAAUCCCAAAUAUUUUAUACAAAACGGUUUCCAUUUUAAGCCUGGAGAAUAUUGUUUUAUUUUUAAUCUUUCUUCAACCAAUCUGCGUUUAAACGCAAAAUAUACCAUAGAUAGCGGACAACAAUAGCGACAACAACAAACAAACAAACGCGAAUCAGAACUUUAUGAUCGUCAGAAGAAAGCAUUUCGCUAACAUUUGUCUUAAAGUUUUCUCCCCAAUAAUAUUGUUGUACAUCUUUUUUACUUCCCACAGCUGGUAUGAGAAGAGUGGCGUAAAAGAAUGGGAGAAAGAGAGGAAGUAUGAGAAAAAAGUGUAACGGUGAGAGCGCUGAUAGCAACAGAACAACAAAAUGAAAGAAACAAUUGAAUUAAAACUAUGACACGAAGAAUAUCUACUUAUGAAUUUUAGAAUCUAUUUCUAUCUUUCUUUUAAUUUUAUAUUGUUUUCAAUAUUUGUUUUCUUCUUCUUCUAGUUGUACCCUGAAAAUUUGAAACAAUUAUGUUCGUUUUUCUAAGAAAAGAUAACUGAAAAAAGGUAAUAAC